UCAAUACUACAAAGGUUGUGUUGUGCAAAUGGAUUUCUCCACCCCCAUCAUGCACUGCAGAACACUGACCCUGUCUCUAUGAGACAGACUCUUAUGCUCAGCUCUUUGCUCACACCCAGGUCUCAAAAGAAUUAUAAAAAAUAUAUAUCCAAGGAUGAAGCUGACCACAUGCAUAUGGCUGCUGCUUUCCAUUCUAUCAUCUUCAUGUGGUGCCCAUGAUAUAUGCAGUGCCAAGCCCAGAGACCUUCCCCUGGAGCCUAAGUGCAUCUACCGCAGCCCUGAUGAGGCACCCACUGGGGAUCCAGAUCCAGAGAAGGUCCCUGAGGCAACAAAUCCCAGGGUGUGGGAGUUAUCCAAGGCUAACAGCCUUUUUGCCUUGUCCUUGUUCAAGCAGCUGGCCCAAAGCAAACCCCAAGAUGCUAAUAUCUUUCUGUCACCCAUUAGUAUCUCCACUGCCUUUGCCAUGACAAAGUUGGGUGCUUGCAAUGACACACUGAAGCAGAUCAUGAAUGUUUUUAAGUUUGAUACAAUUAAAGAGAAGACAUCCGACCAAGUACAUUUCUUCUUCGCAAAACUCAACUGUCGCCUGUACCGUAAGAAAGACAAGACAACAGAACUGAUCUCAGCCAACCGUCUAUUCGGAGACAAGUUCCUUGUGUUCAAUGAAACAUACCAGAACAUUAGUGAACUGGUGUAUGGAGCCAAACUCAUGCCACUUAAUUUUAAGGAGAAGCCAGAGCUAUCGCGAAAGAUAAUCAACGAAUGGAUCUCAAACCAGACAGAGAAUAAAAUUAAAGACACACUACCAGAAGGGGUGCUUGAUUCUAAUACAGUGUUGGUCCUGGUUAACACUAUCUAUUUCAAGGGUCAGUGGAAAAACAAAUUCGACAAAGAGAAUGUCUUCAAGUCUGAUUUCUAUGUCAGUAAGUCAAAGACCUGCCAUGUAUCCAUGAUGUACCAGGAAACUAAGUUCCGUUACGGCAGGUUCAUUGAAGACAAAGUCCAGCUCCUUGAGCUGCCUUACUAUGGAGGGGACAUUACCAUGGUGCUGAUCCUGCCCUUUAAAGAGAAACCACUGUCUGAGGUGGAAGAAAAUUUGGAUUUGAAGAAACUCAUGGGCUGGUUGCAAGCAAUGAAGGAGACAACAGUAUCUGUACAGGUCCCACGCUUUAAAAUUGAGGACAGCUUCAGUUUGAAAGAAAAAUUACAGGCCAUGGGUCUUCAUGAUCUAUUCAAUUCCCAAAAGGCAAGCUUGCCAGGAAUCCUUGAGGAUGAAAGAAGUCCCCUGUACAUUUCUGAUGCUUUCCAUAAGGCAUUCCUGGAGGUUAAUGAGGAAGGCAGUGAGGCAGCAGCUGCAACAGCUGUGGUGGCCAUUGGUCGUUCCAUCAACUUUAACCGGGAGGUGUUUGUAGCAAACCGACCAUUCAUUCUGCUCAUCCGAGAGUCCACCAUCAACACCAUGGUGUUCACUGGCCGAGUGGCUGAUCCAUGUGAUAACCGCCAGUGAUAUGACUACUCUCUCUCACAUCCAUACACAUAUUUCAGAUUUUCUCCUCAACAAAUAUAGAUCCACAUAUUUUGUUGGCCAAACUUCCAAUUGUUUAUGUUCGUUUCAUCAGAAAUAAAUUGACUGGGAUGGACA